CAGACGCCAUCAUGAAGAGCAAUCAAAUUGUCUUCCUUUGUGGAAUCAUCUUCCUGACUCUGACUGGAGUUCAAGCAUUCUGGAGCUCCAAAUCAAGACGCUGUUCCUGCAUUGAUGUCAGUGCCAACAUAUAUAGGAAAAGCAUAGUAAAGCUGGAGCAGUUUCCUCCAGGGCCUUCAUGUAAAAACUCCGAGAUCAUUGUCACUUUGGAGAAUGGGAUAAAAAAAUGUCUGGACCCAGAUUCCCCACAUGUGAAGAAAGAGAUAGAAGCCUGGAAGAAAAUGAAGAGUCACAAAAAUAACAAACCAAAAAGAAAUAAAAUUCGAAAAAUGAAGAAUGCUUCAAAGAAUAAAAAGUCUCAGCGUCCUCUCCCAAAGAAGACUGCAUAAGAGGCCAUUUCACCAAAAAGUCUUUCAGGUAAAAUGGUGUGGUAACAGCACAAGACUGUUGUGAGGAGCAAAUGGGAUAAUCCAAGUGAAACAAUAUUAUCAACUAUUCUUAUAUAAUAUACAUACAAAUAUAUGCUAUAGGCAAAUAAUUAUUAAACAGAAAAAUGUAUACAGCCUUUUAGAAUUUUUAGAUGGAAAAUGACCACUUAUACCCUAUAUAUUUAAAUGCAUUUCUUAUAUUGGGAAAAUAAAUAAUCAAUAAAUCAUUA